ACUAAUCUUUUCCACGCCAAAACGCAGCCGCUGUCCUCGUUCAGCGAUUGUAUUCGCUUGACGCCCGCCACGAUGUGGGAACCUGUGUGGGAACACUUUUCCCGAACCGGCCUUGACCCAAAUCUGGUUACAAAAUACAUUGCCUCGCCAAUGCGACUUUGUAGCUUUGAUAAGGCCCCUCAGUAGUUGCGCCGCACGUAAACCAGUCAAAAAUUCGACGGCAACUGACUCGUAGCACAUUUGACCUUUUCGUUAUCUGACAAUAUUAUAACCUGUGCCAGGGCCACUCAAUAUGGCGUAGGUACGUGGGUCGAAGGCGCUCGCCUUGCAAGUCAGUUCAGGGGCCGCGGCCCCUUUGGUGUAGAGGCCGCGGCAAUCUUUCCCGGUGUAAGCCUGUUGGAUAGGUAUGGCAUCCACAAGGCCCCUAUCAGGGGUAUCAGCAGGCGACCAAUCGGCUCGGUCGCACAUUUCAGUGUCUUCGGCCUAUUACCAGGACAACAGCGCUGUGCUGUCGCUGGCGAACGUCAAAGGCGCCAGCGACCGGCCCGUGUCUGCGCUCAUCAACCACCUGGUGGACGCGAACUAUGACACGUAUGACAACCGCAAGGUGAUACACUCCAACACGCACACCUACUCCAUGUUCCACUACCGUGCGUCUGAAAGCCAGGCCGCGGCUGCCGCCGGCCCCGCGCUGGGCUCCACCUCGGGCUCAGUCACGGGCGGCAGCGGCACCGGCAACUUCACACGGCGGUCCACGGACGCCUCCUUCACCGGCUCCUCCCUGCGCUUCAGCGGCACCGGCAGCGGCAGCGGCGCCGGCGGCUACUGGCUGGGCGGCACCGGCCGCACCGAGAGCGGCAGCGGCGCCAGCGGCACUGGCAGCGCCGGCUUCUACGGUGGUCAGCCCAUAGCACCCUACAGUGGCGGCCCGCCGCCGCAGCCAGACUGGGGCGGCGUCGCCAGCGGCCGCAGCCUGGCCGCCAGCUCACGUGCCACGUCAGCGCUCAGCAGCGGAGGCGGAGGCGGCGGAGGCAGUGUUUGCUUCAGCACGGCCGGCGGCGCGGGCUGCAUGCCUGUGGGCGGCUCUGAGCUUGAGGUUGUGGCGCUGUAUGACGCUAACUUCCAGGCCGCCAACGCGCGGGGGCAGCACGGCGUGCCGCUGCGCGUGCCGGCGCCGGCUCACAUCGGGCCGCUGUCCUACGUGUACAGAUGGUAUUGCAAGCGCGCCACCCAGUUCGUGGGUGCGGUGGGGCCGGCGGACGUGCCCGACGCCCCCGCGCUGCCGCCCUCGGAGAAGGAAGCCGCCUCCCGCCGCGGCUCCUCAAGCGGCGCAGCCACCACCUCCCCCGCUCCGGCCCCACGCGUCAGCGGCAACGGCAGCGCCGCCGCCUCCGGGCUUCCCCCACCAGGGUCGGCCUCCCCACGCCGCGCCGCCAGCACCGGCCUGCCCUCCGCCUACACAGUCGCCAAGCAGACACUCGCGGGCGUCAGCGACGCGCCCACCUCCUCCCCGUUGCCGUCGCGGCCUGCCGCGGCCCCUGCUGCUUCUGCUGCUGGCGCCGCCGCCGCCGCCGCCGGCAUCGGGCCUCCUCGCACCACCAGCGGGCGGCGGCUGAACCGCGCCGUGGACCCGGUGAUGAACCUGCACGAGCUGAUGGACCUGCUGGAGGACCUGCAGGUUGUCCCUCAUGCCGCCUCGCGUGCUGACGUCACCCGGCUCUUCAACAUCAGCCGCCAGGCAGCACCCAACGGCAGCACAGCCGCAGUGGCGGGCGCCGGCGUGGGCUCAGCAGCGGCCGGCGGCAGGCCACCCACCGCACCGCCGGCCCCGGGGCUGCCGCACGCGCCGCCGCGCCCCGGCACGGCGGGCGCUCUCGGCGGUGGCGGCGGUGGCGGCGGCGGUGGCGGCGGCGGCGGCGGCCGGUCGGGGUCCCCAGGCGUGGGUGUGGUGGUGAAGGCCCAGCCUCACCCGGAUGAGAUACGCUACCCGGCUUUCCUGGACUUCCUAGUCCGCCUGGCAGUGGCCAUCGGCUGCUGCGACGCCAAGCCCUCACCAGCCCCCGCCCCCGCCCCGCCGCCUCCUGCGCCACCCGCGCCCAAGCCCAGCGCCCCCUCCUCCGGCCGCACCUCGCUCAACGGCGCCGCCGGCGACCCCGGCCUCGGCACCUCGUUCGGCCGCACGCCGGAGCCCAAGCCGUCGCUGGAGGCGAUGUCUCGCGGCUGGACUCGCAGCGUGGCCGCGGAGGAGGCGGGCGCGGCGGUGCGGCGGCUGCUGGGGCGCAUGCGGCUGAGCCGGACCGACCUGCUGGGGCUGAAGCAGCGGCUGGACGCCCUGGCGCGCAUGGCGGGCGAGGCGGGCGCCCGCGCCAAGUCCAACAAGCUGCUGUACGUGACCGGCCCCUCCGCACUGGAGGCCGCGGCGGGCGUGCAGGUGGCGGCCGCGCCGCCCGCCACUGGCCCGCUGCGCCCCGCGCCCGCGCCCGGCGCGCCGCCACUCCCGGCGGGGGCCGCCGCAGGCACCACCUAUGGCGCGCCCCCUGCCUGGUGUGUGACCUCGCCUACCCCCGCACCCGCCUACUUGCUGGCACUCCUGGCGUCAGAGGACCGCGGCGAUGGCGGCGAGUACCGGCCCGCGUGGCGCGAGUUCGGCGCGGCGGCCAUUGACCUGGGCCUGUUGGCGCCCGGGGAGCUGCGGCUGUGCCGGCUGGUGCUGCUGAACCGGGGCGUGCACCAGAUGAGCGUCAGGGUGGAGAGCGCCGGCGCGCCCUUUUGCAGGUGCAGCUACUCGGGGCUGCAGGCCAUGCCGCCGGGCAUGCCCAAGCACGUGGAGGUUUCGGUGCAGAUGGCGGAGCCGGGCGAGGUGCUGGGGGAGCUGCGACUGGUGUACACCAGCGCGCGGGACCGGUACCGGGAGGAGCGCGAGGUGGCGGUGCCGGUGUACGGCAUGGUGGGGCUGCCUGGCGGCGGCGCCGAGGGGGGAGGCACGGGAGGCAGCGCCGGCCGGCAGCGGGGCGCAGGUGGCGGAGGUGGGGGCAGCGGCGUGGCGGCGGGCGGCUCGGGCGGUGCCGGCACGGCGCGGCGCAUGGUGCCAACCACUGCAGCGGAGCGGAAAGUGAUCGCGGCCAAGACCGCGUGGGAGGGGCUGCUGCCUGCCUCAGUGGCGGCAGCGGCGGUGCUGGCAGGGCCGCUGCCGCACAACGCGCCGCGCCGGGCGUCGUCGUCGGUUGGUGCGGGCAGCCUGAUGGGUUGGCCGGAGGGCUCGGUGGCGGGCGGCAGCGCGGGUCUGACGGGCGGCAGCCGCGGCAGCUCCAGGAUGAGCGGCGCAAACAUGGGAAUGGGCGGCGGGUACUGGGGCGGCGGCAGCGCCGGCACCGGCGGCGGCUGGUUCCGCGGCUCGCGCACUGGCUCUCACAACGGCGACUCAUGGUACGGCGAGCUCGGGGCCGGCAGUGUGGGUGGGGGCGAGGCGGCGGCGACGGCCGCUGCCAGCGGCGAGGACCGGGGCGGGGCAGCUGCAGUCGGCGGUGGGAGUGUACCGCCCCUGGCGCUGCCGGGCAGUGGUGUGCCGGCGCCCUCGCGACCCCUGGCUGAGGCGGCGGCGGCGGCGGCCCCCACGGAACAGGGGACAUGGCCACCAGGACACGUUACGGACACCUACCACGCGCGUGGCUCCGCGGACGGUGUAGCCCUGCCGGAGGGUCAGCAGCAGGAACACCAACACGAACACGGACAGGACGAGGCGGGCGGGCCGCCGGGGCUGGCUCGGCGCGUCAGCUUCCAUGACGGCUACGAGCGGUAGCGUGAGGCCGGGUGCCGGCACAUGCAUGGUGCAG